CCCCCCCCCCUGUGUGAGCCGACAGGAAGGAAGUGAGAGAGACAAGGGGCUGGGAGCGCACACAGGGUUCUGUAUAAGGAAGUAAUUGGGAACCCUCAGUGGCAGGAAGUGCGUUAUUUUAGGGUGCGGAAGGAAAGGGGGUCCCUGUCAGAUCUCUGAAGUACUUGCCCCAUAAGUGGGGAUUCCCCUCAGCAGUUCAGGAAGUACCGGCUGGGUUAUGUGAGGGAAGUUGCCCCUGGCUGGCAGGCUGUAGCUAAACUGCACCUCCCAGAAUCCUCUCUGCCUGUAUUCAGCAGUCUCCCAGAAGAAUUUAAGUGUGCAACGAGAAAUAAGUUCCCCCAGCCUAUGGAUCUGGUACACAGACAGUUACAAACAGCACAUAAUGCAAAGUUUUCAUUUCAGUACAAACACAGACAGAGAGUCUCAGCUCCCCGGUCAGAGAUACUGCGGCGCCUGUUCUGCUGCCGAUAUGGACAAAAGGCGACUUACCAGUGAUACCCAGGAUUCCCGGCUGCUCAGUUUCCCAGUAGUUAGACUGGAAAGGAUAAAGAAUGAUUCUGGGAAAUAUCAGCCAAUAUCUGAAGAAUUGCAGAAGAUGGAGCAAAGGAAAAUGAGUGGCCUUCCCCAGAGAUCCCCAGUGGUUCUGUUGGAGAGGAUAAAAGUUUAUUCUCUGAAUAAAUAUUCUGAAGAUCUUCGAUGGGAACUGAAUGGCCCUCAGAUGAAGAACAAGGAGGAGAGGAGGAGACUCAGUGCUGCUGGAUACAGACUGGAUACUUAUGAAUCAGGAAUCACAGAGAUGAACAGGGAGAGGAGAGAAGGGCUUGGUGCAAGGAAGCAGACAGGAAGUGACACAAACAGGAAGUCCUCUACAUGCAAUGGCUUUGUUGCCAGAUCUGCCCACAGUAACCAACCUCUGGUGCUUCAGAAACCUCACGCCCAGGAGAUGAAUUCUGCCCCAAAAGCCCAACAGAACCAAAUGCCCCAACUUUGCACAGUAACUGGGGGGAAGCUGAUUGUAACCCCCAAAUUAACAAAACACACACAGCCUGAUGCUGAGGAAAAGCUACAUGGAAGUCAGAAAAAGAUAAACAUUAUUUCAGGGAAAAACCUAAAGCCAAGAAAGACAUUAGCCCAAAGCACAAAGCAAACUGUGUUCCCUAAACCAUUUGGGGUUAUAAAUCCGUUUGCCUGUGUUAAGUGCAAGAGAAGGUUCGGCAGCAAUGGGAACCUCCUCAUCCAUCAGCGCAUUCACACAGAGAGACCGUUCUCUUGCACUGAUUGUGGGAAAUGUUUCUCCCACAGAACCAUCCUCCGAGAGCACCGCCGGGCUCAUAUGGGAAAGGGGCCCUUCCCCCACAGCACUGGGGGCAAUAAAAUCCCAUCAGGUAAGGGCAACUUUCAGAGGCACCAAGGGGCGAGUGCUAAAGGGAAACCACUUACCUGCACUGAGUGUGGGAAAUCAUUCAAACACAAAUCUUAUUUGCUCAUACAUGAACGCACACACACCGGGGAGAAACCUUAUGUUUGUACCCAAUGUGGUAAAGGCUUUUCCCAGAAGGUGCAUCUUGAAACACAUUCACUUAGUCAUUCUACAGAGAAACCUUUUAGCUGCACAGAGUGUGGGAAAUGUUUCCGUUUGAAGCAACAUCUCAAAAUUCACGAGAAGACUCACACUGGGGUUAAAGAUUUUGUCUGUACAGAGUGUGGGAAACGGUUCAUUCAAAAACACAGCCUCCGCCAACACCAGCGGAUUCACACUGGUGAGAAACCAUUUGUGUGUAAUGUGUGUGGGAAAGGCCACAGUCGAAAUGAGCAUCUAAAAGCUCAUCUGCGAGUUCACACAGAAGAUAAACCCUUUGCCUGCACAGAGUGCAAUAAAACCUUCCGAUCAGAUCGUUGGCUCCAUGCCCACAAACUGACUCACACUGGUGUGAAGCCUUUUAAGUGCAAAGAGUGUGAUCAAUCCUUCACAACGAACGGGGAUCUUACAAAACAUUCACUUAUACAUUCUACAGAGAAACCUUUUAUCUGCCCAGAAUGUGGGAAAUGUUUCCGCAUAAAAAGCAACCUCAAAUCUCAUGAGAAGACUCACACUGGGAUAAUAGAUUUUGCCUGUACAGAGUGUGGGAAACGGUUCACUGACAAACGCAGCCUCCACCAUCACCUGAUGAUUCACACCGGUGAGAGACCGUUUGUCUGCAGUGAGUGUGGGAAAAGCUACAGGCAGAAGAAGAGCCUAAAUAUUCAUCUGCGAGUUCACACAGGAGAGAAACCCUUUGCCUGCACAGAGUGCAAUAAAACCUUCCGAUUAAGGAGAGGGCUAGAUAUCCACAAACAGACUCACACUGGCCUGAAGCGCUUUCAGUGCAAUGAAUGUGGUAAAUCCGUUAGUACAAAGUCAGACCUUAACACUCAUCAUCGGACACAUACAGGAGAGAAACCCUACCCCUGUUCCAAAUGUGGGAAGAGUUUUUCCACAAAGAAAAGCUUACACCAACACGGUCACACUCACACUGGGAUAAAGCCAUACGCCUGUACAGAGUGUGGGAAAUGUUUUAGAAAUAAGGCUGAUCUGAAAUGCCACCAAUCUGCCCAUACUGGGGAGAAACCAUUUCAGUGUACAGAGUGUGGGAAAAGCUUUCCAUCUCAAACAGUGCUUAAUAUUCAUCAAAAGAUUCAUACAGGGGGAAAACCAUUUCAGUGUACGGAAUGUGACAAGUGCUUCUGUUAUAGACAGGCUCUUACAGCUCAUCAGCGGAUUCACACUGGGAUUAAAGCUUUUGGAUGCACCGAGUGUGGAAAACAGUUCCUGGCCAAGUACAGCCUCCAGCGGCACCUGAUGAUUCACACCGGUGAGAAGCCGUUUGUCUGUACUGAGUGUGGGAAAAGCUACAGGCACAAGAGGAACCUAAAUAUUCAUAUGAAUUCUCACACAGGAGAUAAACCUUCAGCCUCUAGAGACUGUGGCAAAUGAAUCAGACACGCGUUUCACACAAAUAUAAAGACUAUUAAGGGCACCGUGCAUGGAAAUGGUUUCUCAACAAAGACAGAACCCCAGGUUCCUGGGAGAACUUGCACUAAAGAGAAGGGCUUUUAUACAGGGGGGUCACUUGCGGGAGCCAGGUCCCCCCUUCAAAAGAAUUCCCUGGUGUCUGGGGUGGCAGUGGGGGCUGGUGUGGGAGCUGCUACGAUACAGCUGAGCCUCUGACCACAUGUAUAAAAUGAGUGGCCCCCCUUGUACUCCUGUAUUGUACAGGUUCCAGCUAUUGAGUUUGUCUGCAUUCAGAUUAUGUAGAGGGGCACAUCUGGGGGCAACAUGGUGCGUGUAGUCAGAACCACUGGUACAGAAUAGAAUGGGAUAGCAAAGGCCAGACACAAACUGCUUUUAAUCCCAACUGCAUAAAUACAUGACUUUUAAGUUGGAACAUUUGUGUAUUUAAAAGAGUUACAUUUGCCUACAAAUGUUAUAUUUGGGUUAACCCUUUAAAUAAAAAAACAACCAUUUUAUAAAUA